UAAGAAAACAAAACCAUGGCGUUAUCAUCUUGUAUACUGUCACGAUCUUUCUAUCCUCGUCAAUUCUUCAGAUAUUCUUGUUCCCUGAUAACCAAGACACGGCGUUCAUCGACCGUUGAGUUGCCAUCAGAGAAGACAGCAGUGCUGCCGUUCGAAAAAAUUCCUGGCGUAAGAGGAACAAUACGAAAUGUUUUGCAUCAUACGUUUAGUGAAGGCAACUAUUUUGAAAAAGCAUCGAAACGCUUUGAAAGAUUUGGUCCAAUUUACAGCGAGAGAGUCCUCGACACCUGGAUUCUAAACAUCAAUGAUUUGGAUUCCGCAGCGAUGAUUUUGCGUAAUGAGGGUGCAUUUUCAAGGCGGCCAGGUCUCGACGACGUUCCCGAGAUUGACGACGAAAACAAAGGUAUGGGGUUGCUUUCAAACAAAUAUGAAAGAUGGUAUCCAGAAAGAUCAUUGCUGUCAGCAAGGAUGCUGCGUCCUAAGGAAGUCAGAGAAUCACAUCCUGUACUGAACGAAAUAGCAAACGAAUUCGUACAGGGAUUGAAAUCAAUCGCACAAUCUGACGGAACGGUGAACAAUAUUAGAGAGGAGUUAUCAUAUUGGAGUGUAGAUUCAUCUGUCUCGUUUCUGCUCGAUCACCGUCUCGGUUUCCUCAAUCGUCGCACAGACCCGCUGGCAGCUGAGUUUACACAUGCGGCCGAAUCUAUGAUCGAAAAUGCCGCAAGCCUGUUUCUUACUUUUCCUAUCAACAAAUACAUCAAAACCCCGUCUUAUUAUCGGUUUCGGAAAUGCAAGAAUAAAGUUCAGGCCCUUGGUAUGGACAUAAUCGAAGAGGCAUUAGCAGCGAGGCAAGAACGAGAGAAAGGCGGUAUUGAGAAACAGUUUUUGCUUGAGUACCUACAAGCGAUGGGUAAAAGUAAACAACAAAUAAUGGCGAUCAUCACAGGGUUAAUAGCAGGUAGCGUUGAUACUACCGGCACACAAAGUUUGUGGCUAUUGUACCAUCUUUCUCGUCAUCAAGACUGCCAGGAACGGCUGUAUCAGGAGCUUGUUUCUGCCCUCGGCACAGACGAGGAAUUGUCGGCAAAAAAGUUUCCGUCACUUUUGAAAGCAGUAGUGAAAGAAUCACAACGCAUCUAUCCUGUGGCCGCGUCAGCGAUUGGGCGGGUGCUUGAAAACGAUGUAGAGCUCAAAGGCUACCAUAUUCCAGCUGGUGUGAAUAUCGUUAUUCACGAACAUUUAAUGAUGCUUAAUGAGCGAUAUUAUGGCAAAGACGCGAAGCAGUUUGUGCCUGAACGAUGGCUGCGCGAUGAAAUUUCUGGAAAGAAGAAAGAUGUUAAUGCAUUUGCGUACCUGCCAUUCGGAUUUGGUGUGCGAAUGUGCCUUGGACGGAGAAUGGCUGAGUUAAUGAUGUAUACUUUGAUAAGCAAGAUUCUACUUAAUUAUCGUUUGGAAUACGCUGGAAAAACCGAGGUGAAAAAAUGCAGUUCAGGAGGUCUAAUGAAGCCAGACAAACCAAUCAUUAUAAAAUUUUUACCGAGAGAAAAGAACAUGAUUUAGGUAGCCUUGUAGUUAACAACGUUCCCUUGCGGGUAUUAAGGGGUUUUCUGGUUGGAGUCAGCUAACAGACAGUGGAUUGCUUGUGAGCAGAUUGAAGCUAAUUAUAUCCUAAUGUCUGAGAUUAUGAUUUAACAUUGUGUCAAUAAGUCAAAUUUUGUUCUGCAUGAUCGAUCGAGCUUUAUUUCUCCCUAGCAAUGUUUGUCUCACAUACAAAUGUAAAUAUUAUACAUCAAAGUCAUCAAGCCAUAUUACUUCAAGUUUUAUUAGACUUUGUACCCCGUUAAUCCAUUGCUGUAAUGUCAUUACUGAAAAGAUUAGCUUGAAAAACCCGCCAAUAUUACUUCGAGUGUUAUAUAAGUUUAUUAUGAAUAUUAUAUAUUUUUAAAAGUUGAUGCUAAGACUAUUAAACAAUGUUCACAAUAACUUUAUAUGAUGAUGCAUAUAAAUUGUGAUCAAACCUUAAUGCUUUCUGAGACACUUGAACUGAUAUUGUAUGUCGUGCUUUGUCGUUGCGUAGAGAAGCACACACUUCCAAUAUCCGAUAUUUGAUAAGUUGAUUCUUAUCAGAAGGAAAAAUUGCUAUCGAAGUUACAUAAUUUAACUGCAAAAUGGAAGAGCCAGUAGCAUAGGGUAAUUAAGGUUGAUUAAAUAAUAUACCUGUCAUGAUUAUACGACAAACUUUGAUAUUGUUUCAAUUUAUUCAAUGUAACAACAAUAAA